AUGAUAGUCCUGAGGCAGGAAAGUGGUGGUUUCCGUUCCUACAGAUUCAUAUUACAGGAUUUGGAAUUUGAUGCGGACGAACUGACGAGGCAGGAUGUGAUCUGCGGAUUAACCUACGCAAAGCCAGCUUCAACAGUUUCAAGUGAUUCCACUGGUAAAGUGGCCGAGUCAGCUAUGAUCAGAGAUAUGGCUUCCGCAGCUGAUGCUGUGACAAAAAUAUACGUAUGCGCAACGAUGUGGCAUGAGACGGCAGUUGAGAUGACGUGCAUGCUGAAGAGUAUAUUCCGUUUGGAUGAGGAUCAGUGCGCCAGAAGAAAUGCACAGAAAUAUCUCAAAGUAUGA